AUGAACAUUAUAAUCCCAUUUAUAGUCCUACUUCUUUCAGCUUCUGUACAAGGAGCUCCUUGUAGAGCCCUCGUCCUUGAAGGAGGUGGAGACAGAGGAGCUUACCAAGCAGGUGCUAUUAGAGGAAUGUAUGAAGAACUCGGCUCCAAUGAGACCACUUACGAUGUAAUCUCAGGUAUCUCAGUUGGAGCAGUAAAUGCUGUUGCAUACUCUCUUUACCCUCCUGGAGAAGAAGAGAAGGCCACUAAAUGGCUGAUGGACUUUUGGAAAGGAAUGCAGAGAGAUAAAGUCUUUGUCAAUUGGCCUUACUAUAUCUUAGAAGGAGUAUUCUACGAAGGCGGCAUCUUUGACACCUCUGUCUUUGUGGACUAUGUCAACAGUGUAGUCCCUACAAAAGAUGUGCAGAAGAAAGUAUCUGUCGGAGCUGUCGAUUCUAGAACAGGCCAAUUUGUCAGAUUUACUGAGGAGCUUGAAUUUGAUGAUCUUGCUUUCAAAGCAACAAGAGGCUCUGCAGCAAUUCCUGGAGCCUUUCCUCCUGUCGAGUUCAGAAAUAUGACACUCUAUGAUGGAGGGGUUGCAAUGAUGCUUGAUGUCGCCGGAGCCGUCGAUAGAUGCAAAGAAACUGCUGACGUAGAUGAAGAAAUAACCAUUGAUAUCGUUAUGUGCAAUGGAAAUACAAUCAAUAAAGAGGAUACAUCUGAAUAUAAUUCGAUCUCCAACUAUCUCAGAUUUAAAGAGAUUAGGAAGUACAGAGAAUCAAUGAGAUGGAUAGCAGACGCUCUUACCAACUUCCCGAGAGUUAAUUUUAGAUAUUUGGUCGUCCCAAAUAAACCAUUGGACAACGAAUGGGUUCCAAUAAAUUUCAGUGAGGAGCACAACGAGAGACUUAUGCAGAGAGGGAUAGAAGACGCUAAAGAAGUUAUCAGGGAAGGUCCGAAAAAGCUUUAUUCUGAAGUAGAAAAAUACUUGUCUGAUGUACCUACAAAUCCAGUUCAAACUGAAGCCUUUGAAGGAUUCACAAAGAGGGUUAAAAAUAAUCCAAUGGGAAUUUCGAUAUAAAUUCGAUUAUUACCCAUCAGAUCAUAUGUUUAUAAAUUAUCCAAUUUCAAUA